AUGCCUGAUGUGACACAAUGGUACACGCUGAGACGACUGGAUUUAUCAAGGCAGAAUCUUUGUGCAUUGCAUUCUCUUGACACAUGUUUUCCCAUGCUGGAAACACUCAAUGUAUCACAUAAUGAGCUUCGAACGUUGACUAAUUUGCCAAAAACAUUAUGUUAUUUACAUGCUUGCCAUAACAGGUUAAAUGAAAUGGAUAUUUAUCAAUUGGGACAAUUACAAACGGUAGACGUUUCCAAUAAUUACAUUCGAGAAUUCAAAGACAUGUCGUAUCUGAAAUCAUUACGAGACAUGGAUGCGAGUUAUAACUAUAUCGAAAAAUGUGAGAUGUUUGAAAGCCUACCUGCCUUGAUGGCGUUAUCAUUAAAGCACAACAAUAUUCGCACACUCACAGGGUUUGGAAACUCAAAGAGUCAUCAAUUAGAGAGUUUAAAUUUAUCAUUUAAUCGAAUUGAAUUAGUUGAUUCAGUGGAGAGUCUUGGACAAUUAACAGAACUGAAUAUGAAUCAUAAUUAUAUUCGUGUGAUUCGGUUAACAAAACCCAUGGAAAAAGUCUAUAGUCUGAAAUUGAGCUUUAAUCGAUUAAACACCAUCGAUCUCUCGGUCUUUCCUGCUGUCAAAAUACUGUUUCUUGAUCAUAAUCAAAUUCAAAACGUACAUGGCGCUUCUCUCAAUUCCAAAUUAGCUUCAUUCUCAUUAAGAGACCAAGGAAGAGAAAACUCAAAUUUCAAUUUACAAUAUUUGCGUCGUGCUCGUAAGAUAUAUUUAUCAGGAAGUCCUUUUCGAAGGAUGCAUCAAUUGGUGGAUUUCUUUGCUUUGGAAUAUUUAGAAUUAUGCUCGGCGGAAUUAAAGGAAUUGCCCUUGGAUUUUAGUAAACGUGUGCCGAACCUCAAAAAUUUGUACCUCAGUAUGAACCAGUUGCAAGAUAUCAGGCCAUUAAAAAAACUUGUAUAUCUACAGCGUUUGGUCUUGAUUGAUAACAAGCUUCUCAGCUUACAUGAUGUUAUUGCCGCUAUACAGCAUAUGGACAGGCUGAAUAUACUAGACCUGCGGUAA